CCUCAUAGAAAUCACUUAAUUAAUAGUUAAAAGUAGAAAAUUACAUAAGAUCAUUAGGAUCAAGUUACAUCAUCAUCAUCAUCCUCACCCUCACUCUCACUCUCAUCCUUGUCUAUUUGCUUGAGGACUAAUAUUAUUACUUUUAGAAUAUUCACUUUAAGUACUUGCACCAUUAACCAUAUUUCCUUGAUCAUCAUCGUCUGUCAAAGAUAACUCAUUGAUUGAUGCAUUCCCUUCUUAAUUGGUAAAAGUUGGUGAUAGUGGUGCUGAAUGAUUGGGAGAUGAACGAAAGCUUGCAAUGGAAUGAAUAUUUGGAUUAUUGUGAGUGUGGUGGGAACAAACUACAAGCUAAUUGGGAGGGUGGAAGAUAUCAUUGAUGGAAGGAGUUGGGCGUCGACGUGCGAAAGAGGAAGAUAUGAGGAAGAGAAUGAAAUAAAUUGAGGGUUGUCUGUUGGGUUAGGGUUAUGUUGUUCAUUAUGUUGGGUCAGGGGAAGUAAACUUGACUCGGUCCAUGGGCAAAACUCGGCUUAACUGGCCUAAUUUUGCUCCAAUUGAUAUGAACCUUGAAAUCGUACAAAAUCGUAGAUUUUAAGGAUUUUAGAGAUUUUAUGGAUUUUAAGGUUCAAAGAUUUUACAGGUAAAUCAUGAUCGAAACCCAUAAGUAAGAUAGUAAAAUCGUUAGAUUUUAAGAUUAAAAUCAGGAUUUUGACUACAAUGGCACGAGGUUAUGCGUUAUUUGAAGAAUAAGCGAGUCGGCAAAUAAGGGUUUAUGGCACUGAAUGUGGAUAUGGAGAAUGCAUAUGAUAGGAUGGAAUGGGCAUUUUUGUUCGCAUUGCAUGAGAAACUUGGUUUAAGUGCUCAAUGGAUUAAAUGGCUUCGAGCAUGUGUGACUUCUUCUACCUUCUCGGUCAUGCUGAAUGGACAGUCGGUGGGUUACUUUAUGUCGUCUCGGUGGGUUACUUUAUGUCGUCUCGUUGUCUUCUUUGUUGUUUGCCUUAUGCACGGAGGGGUUUGUAGCUUUAAUCAGAUGAGCUGGAAUGUCGUUCGCUAACUGGUCUGUGUAUUAGUCCAAGAUGUUCAGUCGUUUUUCACUUGUUCUUUGCGGAUAAUUCGUACUUAUUCCUUAGGGCCUCACCAAUGGAAUGUGAGUCACUGGUCGCGCUCCUUAUUCAGUAUGAGAUGCUUAGUGGCCAAAAGGUUAACUUGGCUAAGUCUGCAUUGUGUUUCAGUCGGGAUAUCUUAUUGCCUGAUGCGGAGGUGUUGGGAUGGAUUCUGGGGGUUGGAUCGGUUAUCGUAACUGAUCAGUAUCUUGGACUCCCUUCCUUGGUGGGUCGAUCUAAGAUGGAGACGUUCAGAUGUUUCGAGGAAAGGGUGUUAAGUAGACUUCAGGGAUGGAAGUAACAAUGUCUUUCAUGGGAUCCCGAUGAGGUUCUCAUUAAAACUGUGGCGAAUGCCUUGCCAGUCUAUGGGAUGUCGUGUUUCAUGUUUUCUGUCAUGUUUUGUCGAUCAAUGGAUAGAAAUCUGACCCGCUUGUUGUGGGGAGUGUUGAGUGCAGCAUGGGGAAAGGAGAAUCAAUUGGGUUGCUUGGAAGACACUGUGUAUGAGUAAACAUGAAGGAGGGGUGAGAUUUUGACGUUUUGAGGAAUUUAAUCAGACACUUUUAGCAAAAUUGGAUUGGCAUCUUUGGACAGAGCCAAAUUUGCUAGUGGUACGGCUGCUGAAAGGAAAGUAUUAUCCUCAUAUUUCUAUUUUGGAGGCUUCUUAUGGCUCUCUCCCUUUUUGGGGUUGGCGUGAGAUUCUUCAUGAGAGAAAUUUGUUGAGACAAGGUCUCUGUUGGAGGUGGGGUCGGUACAAUGGUGGAUGUUUUCAUGAUAAUUGGGUGCCUCGCUUUCAUCCAUGCUCUCCUCGUGCUCGGCAAGGGAUUGUUAGGGUGAAUGGGAUGAUUGCUUCACUGAUUCAGCCACUAUAGUGGGGUUUGGCGGAUGGAUUGUCUUCGGCAAAUUUUUGAAGAGGACAUAGUUCGGGCAAUUGCGUCUAUUCCCCUGCCGAUUGAUCCUGUUCCUGAUCGUUUGGUUUGAAUUGGGGAGUCCUCGGGUGUAUACUCAAUUAAGUCCGGGUAUCACUUAACUUCUCAAUUGCAGCGGGAGAAGGAGCUGCUCAGUAAACAGGGGGUGGCUCCUUGGGAUCGUGGAUUACGGAAGAGUAUCUAGUCGACAUCAUUGCCCCCAAAAUUGAAGUACUUCAUAUAGUAGCUGGUACGUCGGGUUUUGUCGACAGGGGAGGCACUCAGUCUGAGGGGGUGACUGGUGUGCGGGGAUGCCCGGUGUGUGGGGAGGAUGAGUCUCUUGAACACCUCUUCUUCCGCUACCAGGUGGCCCAAGGUCUUUGUGAAGGGACUGGUUUAGAUGGUGUCCGAGAGAAUUUCCCCCAGGUUCACAUGGCUACCUUUUGGAUUGUCAGGUUUUAAUGUACAUUGUGACCUUGUUUUGGAGGAUUUGGAAGGCGCACAAUUGGGUGGUAUUUGAUUUUACUUUGUUCACCAUACCUGUUAUGCUUUCUCAAUUUUGUUUGCAUGUUGUUGAACGCGAGGUGGAGAAUAAAGAGCAGCCGAGCAUGGAUGGUGGAGGUGGCAUUACCAGACAUUCCGGGGGUCUUAAUUCUGUUAUGAGCUCGGGCAUUUGGGUGGUUCGGGUUGAUGGGGCAGUGAGAUGUGGGUCUCAUGGCAUUGGGGGUUAAGUAUUGAAGGAUCAGUCGGGAGAGGUGGUGACUGCGGAGGCGAAGUUAUAUGAGUUUAUUAAUGAUAUGUUCCUUGUGGAGUUGUUGGUUUUUCGGGAUGCAAUGUGUUGUUAUGUUGCUCGGGGUUUAACGACAGUCCUUUUAGCGGGUGAUGCUAAGGUUGUCAUCUACAAGAUCGUGGAAGAGACGACCGCUGACAUCCUUGGGGGGAGGAUCCUCGAGGAGAUAAUAGUGCUUCGUCAAUCUUUCCAGAAGUUCUCGGUUAGGUUUGUUGGUCGUUGUUGUAAUACGGUUGCCCAUUUAGUGGCACGAAAAGCACUUUCAUUGUUCCCUUCUUUAGUUGGGUUCGAUUUGGUUAUUUGGCUGUUUUCGGCCAUUUGAACUCUUUUGUAUCUGGUUGUUUUUCUCGGUAAUACGAGUGAUCUUUUGAUAAUAAAAAAAAAGCUUUCUUUGGAAUUUUUGUGUUUCUAGGCCAUUGUUGAAGAUGGUCUAAAGUCUAAACCGGUCAGAUUAGAUCUUGGAUUAAACUAGUAAACCUCAA